GCGCCCCGUGCCGCGGUCGCGUUGCUCGGCGGAGCUGCUGCGGGCGCUCGCCGUCUCUGCGCGGGCUUGGAAUAUGGUUGGGGAAAUGGAAACCAAGGAGAAGCCGAAGCCGAGCCCCGAUUACCUGAUGCAGCUGAUGAACGACAAGAAGCUGAUGAGCAGCCUCCCCAACUUCUGUGGGAUCUUCAACCACCUCGAGAGGCUGCUGGACGAAGAAAUUAGCAGAGUACGGAAAGACAUGUAUAACGACACAUUAAAUGGUAGUACGGAGAAGAGAAGUGCAGAAUUACCAGAUGCUGUGGGACCUAUUGUACAGUUACAAGAGAAACUAUAUGUGCCUGUAAAAGAAUAUCCAGAUUUUAACUUUGUUGGAAGAAUCCUUGGGCCCAGAGGACUAACAGCUAAACAGCUUGAGGCAGAAACAGGAUGCAAGAUAAUGGUCCGAGGGAAGGGCUCAAUGAGGGACAAAAAGAAGGUCUCCUUUAAGAGCAGAGACAGCCAUGAUCCAGCAGUUUUGGAGGUAGAGGCAAAACAGAACCGAGGCAAGCCCAACUGGGAACACCUGAAUGAAGAUUUACAUGUACUUAUCACUGUGGAGGAUGCUCAGAACAGAGCAGAAAUAAAACUGAAGAGGGCUGUUGAAGAAGUAAAAAAGUUACUGAUACCUGCAGCAGAAGGAGAAGACAGCCUUAAAAAGAUGCAGCUGAUGGAGCUUGCAAUUCUGAAUGGCACCUACAGAGAUGCCAACAUCAAAUCACCAGCCCUUGCCUUUUCUCUUGCAGCAACAGCCCAGGCUCCAAGGAUUAUUACUGGGCCUGCGCCUGUUCUCCCACCAGCUGCCCUGCGUACUCCUACGCCAGCUGGCCCUACCAUAAUGCCUUUGAUCAGACAAAUACAAACCGCUGUCAUGCCAAACGGAACUCCUCAUCCCACCGCUGCAAUAGUUCCACCUGGACCCGAAGCUGGUUUAAUUUACACACCAUAUGAAUACCCCUACACGCUGGCACCAGCUACGUCAAUCCUUGAGUAUCCUAUUGAACCUAGUGGUGUAUUAGGUAUGGCUUUCCCAACGAAAGGCUAAGAAUUCAAGAACGGUCUUAACUGAUCCUUCAUCAGAUCUGAAUUUUAACAAAUGCUUAGUUUCAGCAGCCUUGAAAAAAGCUUGGCCUAGCAGUCAGUGACUUACUUGCACUUUUUUGCACAUAGAUUUAAAAUAAAAUAGUGCUAUUAAUUUGGAUUAGCUCCUAUUAUUACAGAGUAGCUGUAAUUUAUGAGUGUAUAGUAGUAUACUGACUGCUAAGUGUUCUAUAUAGUGUUUGCUUUACUAAUCACCUAAUUCAUUGCAGUUCAUACUUAUUGACUUAAAGUUUAAAAUCACAAUCUGUAGGCUUGAAGAAUUGCUUUAAAACUUUUUUUUGUGGUAGAACUGGAAGUGAUCUUAAGGUUAGCAAAUAAUUGUCAGUAUUAAAAGAUGGCAUUAUUUAAAAUAGUCCUGCUGCAAUAAAGGCACUUCAGUGAAUAUGUGACUAGUAAAGCUUAAAUGUGCUUGGGUCUAAUAGAUUUCAUGAAAUACUGUAAUUUUGGGAUUGUAAAUGAAUGGAUUAAACAGGUUAAGGCCAGGAUGUUUAAAAUAAAUGCAAUAUUAAUCUGCACAGAUUCUUUUUAAGAUUAAGAUUUGAAACUACUGUGCCUUAACUUGUUGCUUUUCUUAAAAUGAACUUUUGUAGUUAAUGAUCAUUUAAAUCCAUUUUGAUAAACCUGCUGUUAAUGUUUUCUUUGAAUGUGUUCUAACUUUGUCUUGGUAAUUGCAAUUUAACUAGGUGCGGUGGCUACUAAAGUUCGAAGGCACGAUAUGCGUGUCCAUCCUUACCAAAGGAUUGUGACCGCAGACCGAGGUUAGUUUAGUUCUGCAGUUCUUGUUUGUAAGAAGUGCUUUGAGUGUACAUGAGAUUUGCAACACCACAGCUGGUUAACCAAAUACGCUCUUUUGACCCAUUCAUUAUUUUUCUCAAAAAUCUGAAUAGCUAAUAUUUUAAAGCUUUGGGAAUGCUUGCGGUUUUAAAAACAUUUUGUAAACUUGGCUUUCCCAGCUCAAUUAAAUAUAUAAACUUUGUGAUAUAUUUAAUAUAAAUGCUAUAACUGAUUCCCUUUUAAAAACUAUUUAAAGAUCCAUCUGCAUCAGGAAACACUAUGAAUUCAGUGCUGCAAUAAUUAAUUUGGUCGUGUUCCCCCCUCUUCCCCCAAUUUGUUCUUUUAAUUGGUGUGGAAAUAUCAGAUUGGUGUUGCAAAAUAAAAUGAAUGGAUGGUUGCUUAAUGAGAAAGAAGUAAAGGAAUAAAUGCCUCCUGUCUGUGUCUGGAGAAAUCUGAAGAUUUAGAUUCCUUUUUUUCCAAUAAACUUUUGAGCCACUGUACUGUAUAUUAUGAGGAGGAUGCAUGUUCUCAGAUACCUGACUGAAUUCAGAAAGGUAAGGGCUGUGAAGAUAAUACUUCAAAAGUUGUUUGAGUUCGAAUUACUAAGGGUGGGGGAAAGGAGGGCGUUUUGGUUUUUUUUGCCAAAAUCUAUUUCUUGGUAUUUGCCUUUUGCUGCUAAAAUGUGUAACCUGAAGGAGAAGCAACUUUUGAAGUCCUGUUGGUGAGAUGACAUCCAAUAUUUGGGCAUCUCUCUUUAACCCUUGAAUGGAAAGUAAAUCUUCAUUUUUCUCCUGUUCCUCAAGUGUAAUGCCUUUGGACCCCUGAAUGAAGUAUUUAAGCUUAUUGAGAAAAGUGAUAUUUUCGGUUUAUUGACAUUGGCUAGGAAGCAGUGUGUGGGCUGAAUUCUUAUCCCAUCCCUGCUGCUGACUCACUGUGGGUUUCGGCAAGUCAUUUAAUCUCUCUAUGUAUGUUUUCCCAUCUGUAAAAUAAGGAUAAUAAUACUUCCCUACCUCACAGGGGUGUUGUGGGGGUUCUUGUUUUGUACAGGGCUUUGAGGAUGCAAAGCGUUAUGUGCCAAGUAUUAUUAUUCUGCUCUCAUCAAAAUCAGCGUUGUGCAGGCUUCCAUGAUAUUGUAAUAUUCAAAAGCUAAAUUCAGGUGACAGAUUUGACAUCUCCUAACAUUGACUACACUUCACUUCUCACAACCUUCCAUAAAUUAACUACAAGAAACAAUACAGAUUUCAGUCAAUACAGUAAAAAGGCCCCUCCUGGAUAUUUGCUAUAUUUAUGUAACACUUUCAUCUUUCAUAUGAUCUUAUGCUUUACAGAAAGUGUAAAGCUGAUAACAAGACACUACUUAAGUUUUAUAGAAGAUUGCUUCUUCUUUUAAAUCACCGCACACUAUUUACAGCCCGUUGGCCUGUUCUCAUUUCUUGAGAACUCUUCAAUGGGCAACAGGGUAUAGUCAGAAUAAGGUUAUAGCCCAUGUUUACCAAAAAAAAAAGAGGGAAAAAAAGGAAAUAGAAAAAAGCAAACAGAAAAGAAGAUUAAAACCUAUCUCUGUCAAGUGUAAUGGGUGGUAAGGAUUUGGUUGUCUUUGAAAGUUUGACCUGAUGUUGCAAAAAUGAGUUUUUGCUAAUGGUCUUUCAUGAUCUGCAGUGGCAGUUUCAGGUGACAGGUGAGACUACCUUUUUGUUUAAUUAGAUAUUUGCCUGAGACAGCUAGUAAAUACACUGAUAAAGCACGGGUCCGGGAUGGGAGGGGGAUACCAAUUUGUAGUUUAAGUUCAUCAUUGUAGUGUUUACUCAACAUAGAUUUUAAAUAUUUUGCGAAGGGCCUAGAUGUUUCACCUGGGUCACUUAUAAGUAAUUGAAAUUAAUUAUUGGUAUCAUUUCACCUUCUUUUAAAAUAUAGCCAUUUUCUGGUAAUACAGUGUUAAUCUCUAGCAGUAUUGGAAGCCCACUGUCUUAAGUAGAUAAAUAAAUACGGGUGGCUUAUCUCCUGUGGAAUAAGUCAUGCAUACCUCUCUCUUUUAGCAUGAAAACCAUGCUGAUAUUUCAGGAGAGUUAUUUUAAAGUCUUAUCUAAAUAAACCCAUUGUGUAUUAAGAAACUUACACAAAGUUAAUUUUACAACUGUACUUCAUUGUAUUUUGAAUUUGAAAUCCUAGAUUAUCGCUGCACAGAUUUAACAGUUUCACAAAAGGUUUUGAAGAGAACUUUGUUCAGCAAUAAAACAGUUUCUUUUAAUGUGCUAAAAUUGUGUCGUAGACUUAAAAUACUAUGAGUAUUUAUCAUAUUCACCUAUUUGGUUUUUCUGCCACCAGUAUACUUCUGUAGCUAUAGCCAUGAAAAACAAUGUCAGCAAACCGAAAUACUUUUUUUUUCAAUGCAGAAACUUUUUUUUAUAUAGUUAAAUGUCACUAAGUCUAUAUUUGCAUUCAUUGGGUCUAAAGUUUAUUUUUAAAUUCUAAAUCAACUUUCAGAUGACUUUGUAGUACUACUGCAUUCACUUUUUAAGUAGGUUUUUAUUCUUUGCAUAGUGGUUUUUUUGUUUUGUUUUUUUUUAGAGAUAAGCACUGCAUUUAAAGCGAGAAUCCCCAAAUGUGUAAAUGUUUUACUCUUACAACUAAGCAUUUAGAAUUGGUGAAGGGUUGAAAAAUAUAUAGCUCAUUUUAACUCAGAAUAAACCCCCAGUUUAUAAAUAAUACAAAAUUGAAUUUGAUGCAUAUAACAGAGAGACUGACUGAUUUAAUUGUAAUAAACUGUAAAUGGUGUUGCACAGUUGACAAACCUGUGUGUACUGUAGAAGGCCAGAGACUUGGCAGAGGAUGUAUCACAGGUGUACUGGUAUUUUUAAAAGGUAGCUUGCUUUGAUUAUAAACUCCACAAGAAAUAUUAAUGCUAAGAAUUUUCUUGAAUGUUUUAUCCAAACCAACUGUCACAUAAUUUAUAUAUAAAUUUUAAUACCAUUUAAUCAAAAUUGUAAUCAGUAUCAAAAUGCUUUAAGAGUCUGUUUCUAGUAUACCUGUAAAGUGGUGAGAUUGUGCCACAUAAAAUAUUUAUUUUUAUUUUUGUUUAUUUUUGAAACAGCCGUUUUAAUUUAAACAAAUCCCACUUAGCAUGAUUCUGAAAAAAUUCAGGGAGUAUGUGGUCUCAUUUACGUUACAGUAGCAAUUUUUCGUAGUGUUAUGAACUGUAUCCUAAAUGAUAGGCCAUUUUUAUUACAUGAAAGUAAAUCAGCCCGCAAGAAAGAUUGCUAAAUCGAUGCUAUCUGUGAAUAUUACACCUACUGGACUUCAUUUUAUAUAAUGGCACAAAUCUGACUUUGCACUGAAUACCUUUCUCACUUUCAUCUCCUCUGCCUUAGUCAAAAUGGCAACAGUACAAAAACUUUAUCAACCUCAGAAUUUAUUAGCUAUAAUUAAGCUGUUGAAUAAGUCUUAAAAAAAAUAUAAAAAAAAAAUCAUACUACUGUUAAGUGGACCAAGUUUGGUGAAGGAGAAUGUGAGAGAAUGAUUAAAGAAGGAACAGCUCAAGAACAUUGGGAAUGAUAACUUUCCACUUGAGAACUUUUUUAUGUUUUACUGUAAUUUGUUUGUGGUUUUGGGUUUUAUUUUUGUUUUGUUUUGGGUUUUUUGUUUUUGGUUUGUUUUUUGUUUUGUUUUGGUUUUUUUGCAAAAGAAAAUAGUAUUUACAGGUGGCUUCUUUUAAAAUAUAAAAAUAUAAAGCAGGAAUGUAUAUGAAAUGUCAGAUUUUAUUGUAUUUGCAGAGUAUUAGCUUUGAAAAUGAAUAAAGAGAGCUGUUUGUAGUUUUAAAAUGCCUUAUUAGUAUCAAUUAGAUAUUUUCUCUAUUUUUUGAUGUACUUAGAGCUUUUUAAGUAUAGACUUUAAAAUGGCAGGACUUUUACAGUGUUUACAUGCAAGUGCAUUUUAUAAGUGUCCUAUAUGUGUAAAAUAGUAUUUUGAACGGGAAAAUGCUGGCUAAAGUAGCAGGCUGAGCGUUUUCCUGGUUCCCACGAUGAUGCCUACGUUGCUAGACUACAGUUUAGUAUUGCUUUGUAUCAUGAGGCCAAGAAAUUCCAUGUUGUUUGUAAAUAGAAUAAAUGAAAGGCAAUAAAAAAUUUAUUGAACAAAAA